AUGGAGUCCAUCGUUAACCUCUACCACCCACCCUAUCUCCACGAGAUCAUCAGGGUCGUGCAGCAGCUCUUCAGCGGAAAAGCGGCCGGAUCGGACGCGAUCCAUGCCAAGAUCUACAACUACGGUAGCCCCCAACUCAUGGAUCAUCUGACUGGGCUCUUCCAGGACAUGUGGCAUCAAGGCGAAGUCCUGCAGGAUUUUAAAGACGCACACAAUCGUGGACCUAUACAAACGGAAAGGAAGCCGCCAGCUCUGCGAAAAUCACCGAGGCAUCUCCCUGCUGAACAUCGCCGGGAGAAUCUUCGCUCGAAUUCUUCUCAAGCGUCUGAACAACCACCUAGAACAAGGUCCUCUGCCGAAAAGCCAGUGCGGCUUCUGCCGUCAUCGUGA